AUGUCUCAAGAACAAAUUCAACCAACUUCUCAAAGUUCCGAGGCGGAAAUUUCCUCCGUUCCUCAAUCUGAAUCCCCAGUUACUACAGCUGCGACAGCUCCCUCUUCAAUUGAACCUUCUCAGAAGCAAGCUGCUUCGGAAGCUGAUGUUGUUCCAGAAGAAAAUGAGGAAGCUAACAAGGAACCUCCUGUUGUUCCUGCCAACGCUACCCAUGGUGGUAGAGAAACAUCCGAUAGGGUGUUGUACGUCGGUAACCUUGAUAAGUCAAUUACCGAAGAUAUUUUGAAGCAAUAUUUCCAGGUUGCUGGACAAAUCGUCGACGUUAAAGUCAUGAUUGAUAAGAAAAGCAACUAUGUUAACUACGCCUUUGUCGAAUAUGCUAAAGCACAUGAUGCCUCGGUAGCCCUACAGACUUUGAACGGUAUCCAAAUUGAGAACAAUAAAGUCAAAAUCAACAGAGCUUUCCAGUCGCAACAGUCCACAACCGAUGACAGUACGUUUAACCUGUUCGUUGGCGAUCUAAACAUUGAUAUUGAUGAUGACACUCUAAGCCGUUCUUUCAAAGACUUCCCAUCCUAUAUUCAAGCUCAUGUAAUGUGGGACAUGCAAACUGGUAGAUCCAGAGGUUACGGUUUCGUAUCUUUUGCUGAUCAAGAACAAGCUCAAAAAGCUAUGGAAGAAAUGCAAGGCAAGGAGCUCAACGGCAGGCCAAUCAGAAUAAAUUGGGCCACAAAGCGUGACAACAACCAACAGCAGAACCAUGGCGGUCCACGUCGCGGAGGGUUCCGUAACAAUAACAAUAACAGAAGAGGUGGUAUGAUGCAAGAACCACAGGUUAACAUUCCAAUCGAUGGGAUGCCACCUCAAAUGGUUCCACCACAGCCAAUGGUGGCGCAGUCAAUGACUUCUGCCAUUCCUUUCCAGGAUACACAACAAGGUGCACCAAUGGGUGCUCUACCACCAGUGAACCCACAGGCUGUUGACGACAUGAUUAGAAGAGCUCCACCAAGAGUCUCCACUGCUUACAUUGGUAACAUCCCACACUUUGCUACAGAGGCAGACUUGAUUCCAUUGCUACAGAGUUUUGGCUUCAUUCUCGAUUUCACGCACUAUCCAGAAAAGGGCUGCUGUUUUAUCAAGUAUGACACUCAUGAACAAGCUGCUGUUUGUAUUGUUGCUUUGGCCAACUUCAACUUCCAAGGUAGAAAUUUGAGAACAGGCUGGGGUAAGGAGAGAAACACAUUUGCCCCACCCCAACAACAACAGGCUCAACCUGGUAUGAUGCCAGUGAUGAUGGGUGAGCAACAGCCACCUCAACAACAGCAAUAA